AACGUCCAAAAAAUACACAUGAAUUUCCUUAGAAAUUCUACAUUCUCAGAAGGAAUGCAGUACUGUUUAAUCAUGAACAAGGAUGUAGCGUUAGUCCGCCCUUUCACAUCUUAACGGACACACCUCCACAAAGGGAUGAUUAAGUACUGCAGCAUCUCCUUCAAACUGGAAACUGCAUUGAUGAGAGCUUCACCUGCCCUGUCACCUCUGAGCAAAGAGAUGACUAACACAAAACUCCGGAGAAGGUCGACUUUUUUUUUUUCUCUCAGCCUGGCUUGUUUGUUCCUUUCCUUUGCUUUUUGGGAAACCGCCAUUGAUAGAAGUUCGCCCUCUCAAUUUCAUAUCCCGGAUCAGUUUUUCGCUGACCUGCCUGCCUGUUUAGCCAUCAUCGCUGGAGCUGUAGAGGGUACCAAGGCUGAAAUAAAAGAGCUUCUAGCAUCCAGGAGUAGGAAAACAACUCUUUCUGAGGAUUUCUACAUUAAUGCAACAAAAGAUUGUGCAGCUUACAUUAAGAAUAGAGGUUUCAUUUUAGUGCCUUUAAGUGAGGAGGAACUAAAUUUUCCCAUUGCAUACUCCAUAGUGAUACACGAGAAGAUUGAGAUGUUUGAACGACUCCUACGAUCUAUUUAUGCUCCACAGAACAUCUACUGUGUCCAUAUUGACCUGAAGUCUUCCCUGUCUUUUCACAAGGCUGUGAAGAAAAUAGUUUCCUGCUUUCCCAAUGUUUUUGUAGCCAGUAAAUUAGAAAGUGUUGUGUAUGCUUCAUGGUCCAGAGUACAGGCAGAUCUGAACUGCAUGAAAGAUCUGCUGCACUCUGAAGUUCAGUGGAGAUACCUUUUGAAUACCUGUGGGACAGACUUUCCCAUUAAAACCAACAGGGAGAUGGUGAAGGCUCUGAAAGUCCUUAAUGGGAGGAACAGCUUGGAAACUGAAGCCACCAGUGACUACAAGAAAGCUCGCUGGCAGUACCACCACAGUGUCACCAACAGGGUCAUCAGAACAGACGUGAGAAAAAGCCCGCCACCCAUCAGCAGCCCAAUGUUCUCAGGAAACGCCUACUUUGUGGUCUCAAGGGCCUUUGUGAAAUACCUGAUGCGGAACGGAGAGAUUCAGAAAUUCAUGGAGUGGGAAAAAGACACAUACAGUCCAGACGAGCACAUGUGGGCCACCCUGCAGAGGAUGUCCUCUGUUCCUGGAUCAAUGCCCUCAAACGGCAAAUAUGACACGUCGGACAUGAUGGCUCUCGCCCGAGUUGUCAAGUGGUCUUAUUUAACAGGAGACGUGAACAAAGGAGCUCCGUACUAUCCAUGUACAGGGGCCUACAGGAGAGCGGUGUGUGUGUACGGCACCGGCGAUCUCCUGUGGCUUCUGAGACAGCAGCACCUCUUUGCAAAUAAGUUCGACCCAGAAGUUGAUGACAUUUCGAUCAGGUGUUUGGAGUCAGUUCUGCAUUUCAAAGCUUUGGGUUAUGACCCCCUGGGCUCUCUGCAAAAUCCAAAUCUCUUGUAGAAACUAAAAUGUAGUUUUUUUCUUUCCAAAUGGAGCAGGUAAUGUUUGAGAAGCUUCUUACCUUAUUGCAAUAGAACAUCUGACGGGUAUAAGCUGGUUUAAGAUUCUCACAAGGCAAUGACCCCCCCCGAGUAAACAUACAAGGUCGGUAUUAUCAGUGAAAUGUCAAAAAUAAAAAGUAUGAUACAUUUUCUUUUUUACUGUUAAAAUAACACAUUUCAUUACAGUUGUAAUAUUAUCUGUAAUGUGUUUGACAUGCAAAUUUGUCUUUCGUGUAGGCAAAUAAAAUGCAAUUGCUUCCCGCUGCUAACUUACUAGCAGUGAACAGGUGUACUUUUUUUUUUUCUUUAAUUAUUGUGUCAGAAUGGUAUUUUGUUUCUUAAACAAUGUUCUAAAUCUUUGAUUUCAAUAAAAUCUGUACUUUCUGUGGAUUUAA